AUGGCUCAGAACAACGCUCAGGGUGAUGGUGCAGUUCAUCGAAUUGUAUGCCAGCUACCUUCAUUCUGGAAGGAUAACCCUGACUACUGGUUCCGCAACGCCGAGAGCAACUUUCACAUCGCGAACAUCACGGCGCCGACAACGAGGUACCACUACGUGGUGAGAAGCCUCGACCAGGCGGCUGUGCGCGAGCUCACCGACAUCCUCGACGACGAUGCUCUGCGUACCAACUAUGAGGAGUUUAAAAAGAAGGUAAUUGCUCGGUUUUCAUUGACUGACGAGAAGAAGCUGCGCGAGCUGCUCUCUACUGCUGAGUUGGGUGAUCGUACCCCCUCACAGCUCCUGCGCCACCUUCGUUCCCUCGCCGGCGCCAAUGUUCCGGACAAAAUGAUGCGCACCCUCUGGGCGGACAAACUGCCCGCCGCAGUGCAGACUUGCCUCGCACCUCAUCCUACCAUGGCUCUGGAGGAACUGACUGUGAUUGCCGAUAGCGUGUUUGAUGUUGUGAAGAUGCAACGCUCCAGUCAGGUAUGCGCCGCCACCUCCUCUCCCUCCGACCCCAUUGCUGAACUGUCUCGUAGACUUGAAGUUCUGGAGACUAACCAGCGGUCUUCUCGGCCGCAAGGUCAGUAUCGGGGAAACUGGAGGAAUCGUUAUGACCGCUCUCGUUCUCGCAACAAUCGGGAAUCUGAUGACUAUUGCUACUAUCAUCGCAGAUUCAAAGAGCAAGCCUACAAAUGCGAAAAACCAUGCUCUUACACUCCUAAAGCUGCCUCCCCUAACUCGACCAACAAGUCAAACUCCAACGGCAGGGUUUAG